ACUUUUCUGUGCCUCCCGACCUUUUAUUCUCGGCUUGCUUUGCUUCUUCGACCAACUUCUUUGUUUUGCAAAACCGGGACCUUCUCUUUUGAGAAAUUCAACUCGAAAUUUAAGAAAUUCGGCGGACCAUGGGGAAUCGCAUUUCUCGGAGGUCCAGGACAUCUCAAUCAGAGAGUGGUACUGGCGGCGACUCAGUCGAUUACAGAGUUGGCGCCGUGUCUACUACUUACAGCGCACCGAACUUCCCCGAGCUGCCAAUACCUGCGAAUGAACUGGAGAUAACACGUCAGAGACACGAGCACUUUUUGUUAAAGCACAUUUUCCAGAAAAGCUAUUUCGCCCCUGUGGAUAGCAUACUGCAGGAUUCGAACGCAGUUAUCCUAGAUUAUGGCUGUGGACUGUGCGGUACUUGGCUUGUUGAGAUGGCGAACGAUUAUCCAAAUGCCAGGUUUCAUGGCAUCGAUAUGUUUAAGCUUCCCGAACCAGAAGACGGGUUACAUAUACCGCCAAACUUACAUUUUGACAAGGCAAACAUAUUACAAGGAAUCCUUCGUCCCAAUGACUCGUUUGACUAUAUCCAUCAAAGGGCUAUGCUACAUGCCUAUCAUGGUGAUGACAUUGCUUACGUGAUGCGUGAAUUAAUGCGUUUGCUAAAACCUGGCGGAUGGCUUGAACUGGUCGAGUACGAUCUUGUUCCUAAGCGGGCCGGUCCGCUUUUCGCAAGACUCUUUGACGUUGUUUACAAUUAUUUAAAGUCUCGACAAAAGCAUAUAUUUCACGGACCAAAAUUACGUCGAUUUCUUACGGACGGGGGCUUCCAAGAUAUUCAUUUCGAGUAUUCGUCCAUACCGAUAUGUUGGGGCGGCUACUUGGGAAAACUCAUGUACGAGAACUGUUUAACGGGGUUGCGGCAUCUUGGGCCUGUAAUAUAUCACGAACUAUUUAAUACUGAUGCCGGAUUCAACGAGGCACACUUUGAGGAAUAUAUCGAUAAGGCGUUCGAUGAAUGUGUACAAUACCAAACGUUUAUGAAUAUUCAUUGGGCAUAUGGUAGAAAGCCCACUAAUGCAUAGAAUACUUAUAUUAAUUAAUAGCAUUAUACCUCUAUAUUUAAUAUCAUUAUUAAUUUGUUGAUAGCAAGCAAAAUCUAUUAAU